AUGAGAAUUGUUAAAGCAAAAGGUUAUGAUGGAUCAGGAGCUUCAGUAGUUGGUAUUAAUACUCUAGCAAAUAUGAGAAUUUGUUUGACAUAUCAAACUGUAUUUAAUGCAUUAGAGCAGAUUGUAUUGAAGCAUAGGUCUACUGUGCAAUUAUAUGUUCAAAAUAAUUCUAAAAAUCUUUUAAUUGGAUGCAUUGAUGACUAUCACAACCUUCAUGCCAAACCUAUUCCAUUUUACUCAUCUAAUAAUACUCCAAUACAUAAUCCGAAUAAUGUGGAUGCAAGACUUCUUAAGGCAAUAUUAUCUCAUGAUUAUAUAAUUACCUUAAUGAAAAGUUACAAUACAAUAAAAGCUAAUUGGGCGUGGAUUUCAAAUAAUAUUUAUAAAAAUCUUAAAAAUACAAAACAAUAUGUAAAGGCUUUAAAUAUGUUUAUUGAAUUACCUGAACUUCAACAUUAUUUAAAUCAAUACAUUAUUCCAAUACCAGCUGAUUUUCCUGAACAGCUUUAUAUAAGAAGAGCAAUUGUAAACAAAUUAGCUACGAACAAUCCUUUAAUUUCUAAAGAAGUAAAAAAUAAUAGUGAAAUUAAAAAAAAAAUAGAAGGAAAAAACAAUAUGAUCCCAUGUUAUUAUUUUUCUAAUAUCAAGUCAAAAUUUUCAUUUGGUGCUUUGCCGCUUGGAUAUCAUACAAAAUUUCCUCCAAAAAAUGAGAAAUUCUGCGAUUAUCUUAUGUGUUCUAAUAUGUCAAAUUAUGGUCAAGUCUUAAUAUGCAGUCAUGCUUAUCAUGAAAAAUGUUUUUCUUUUCAAAAGUUUCGAUGUCAAUAUUGUUUGGAUUAUUUGUGUGAUUCUAUUGAACAAUUGACUACUUCUUAUAAUAAUCGUUUAAAGAUGGAAGAAGAUAUGAAUGAUGAAUUAUUUUUAUAUACGAAUCAAUCAAAAAAUGAUGAUAUCGAAGAUGCUGAUAUUUUAUCUAUACAAACUGAUGUUGACAAAAAAUUGGAAAACAAAAUUUUAGAAAAUCGAUUAGAAGAAAACAAAAAAGAAAUUUUAACUUCACAUAACUUUUUGCAAGAUAUUACCAAUUUGUCAUAUUAA